AUGUCUUUGUUCUCUCGAAUAGAAGAGAAUAAAGAUCUAUNUGGAUUAUUUAAUCCUGACAAUUUAACUGAACCAAUUCAUUCACAAAAAACAUCUUAUUGGCUUUUAGAAAAUGAUCAAUGGAGAAUAAUUGGAUUAGAUACUGGUUAUGAUUCAUUUUCUUUAUUAAAUAUUGAUAAUUCAUCUAUUAAAUUACCUGAUCAAUUAAUGAAUUGGUUAAUAAAUAUUGUUGGUCUUAAUUCACAAAUGAAUGAUAAACGAGGAUUAAUUUUUUUCUCUCAUCAUCAAGUUUUAAGUGCAUGGAAUGAAAAACCAAAUACAGAUUUUCAAUCUCAAAUUGCAUCUUUAUUACCAGAAGGACGAACAAUUUUAUUUUUAUGGGGUCAUGAACAUCGUUUAAGUUUUUAUGAAAAACAAACAAUAAAAACUUCAUCAAAUCAAAGUUUAACAUUUUAUGGUCGUUGUAUUGGAAAUUCAGGUUUUCCAACUUUAGCGAAAGAACUUCCAAAGAAAUCUCGUGAAACUAAAUUAUUAUUUUAUGAUGAUCGACUUUAUCAUUUUCAUAAUAAUUUAUUUUUACCUGAUCUUCCUUUAGGUUAUAAUGGAUAUGCAACAAUGAAAUUUAUUAAUACAGAUCAAAUAUCUUUGAUUAUUCAAUAUAAAACAUUAAGUUUAACAAAUGAUGGACAAUUAACACAUGAAAAUCCAACUUUACUUCUUGAAGAACAAUGGUCUGUUGAUAUAAAUGGAAAUGUUCUUUUAAAUAAUAUUCAAUCUUUUAAUAAUCAACUUACACGUACUGUACAUUCAGAUUCAAUUCAACCAAAAACUAAACGACCAACUUGUUGUACAACGCUGUAA